CUGUGCGCUUAAAUGAAAGCCGAAGGAAAAGAAUUACGUUAAAAGAAGCCUGAACUCCACGUUCAAAGUCUCAUUGUCUCUCCGACCUUCGUCUAAAGAAUAACGUUACAAAGUAGGAGCAAAAAGUAAAGAAAAAAAAUAUAUCAAAAAAAACAAUAGACUGUGGAAAAGCAUGUUUCAGUUAUUCCGAGCGAAAGAUAACGGCAAAUCUUCGUCGGAAACUCCAUCUCCGCCUCUAAAGUCUCCUGAAUUUAACACUCCUACUUCUACACCGUCGUCUUCUUCCGCGCCGCCUAUGACAGGACCUGCUCGGCCAAUUAGGUUUGUGUACUGUGACGAAAAAGGAAAGUUUAGACUAGAUCCAGAAGCCCUUGCUACCCUUCAACUUGUCAAAGAUCCUAUUGGUGUUGUCUCUGUUUGUGGUCGUGCACGUCAGGGCAAAAGUUUUAUUCUCAAUCAGCUUCUAGGCAGGAGUAGUGGAUUUCAAGUUGCAGCUACGCAUAAGCCCUGCACUAAAGGGCUUUGGUUAUGGAGUGUUCCAUUGAAAAGAACUGCUUUAGAUGGAACUGAAUAUAGCCUUAUUCUUCUGGACAGUGAGGGGAUUGAUGCCUAUGAUCAGACGGGAACAUACAGCACCCAGAUCUUUUCCUUGGCUGUCUUGUUGUCAAGCAUGUUCAUCUAUAACCAGAUGGGUGGAAUUGACGAGGCUGCUCUUGAUCGUCUCUCUCUUGUAACGGAAAUGACAAAACAUAUUCGAGUGAGAGCUUCUGGGGGCAAGACUUCAGCAUCUGAGCUUGGACAGUUUGCACCAAUCUUUGUUUGGCUUUUGAGGGACUUCUAUUUGGACUUGACUGAAGAUAACAGGAAAAUAACUCCACGAGAUUAUCUGGAGCUUGCUUUGAGACCCGUCCAAGGAGGUGGCAAAGAUGUUUCUGCUAAGAAUGAGAUUCGGGAGUCAAUUCGAGCUCUUUUUCCAGAUAGAGAGUGCUUCACCCUUGUGCGGCCACUAAACAAUGAAAGUCAACUUCAGCGUCUGGAUCAAAUCUCUCUGGAAAAAUUGAGGCCAGAAUUCCGAUCUGGUUUAGAUGCAUUGACAAGGUUCGUAUUUGAGAGAACUAGGCCAAAGCAAGUUGGAGCAACUGUAAUGAAUGGACCUAUGCUUGCUGGUCUUACACUGUCGUUUUUGGAUGCCUUAAAUCAUGGGGCAGUCCCUACUAUCACGUCUUCUUGGCAGAGUGUUGAAGAAUCAGAGUGUAGAAGAGCAUUUGAUUCAGCAACUGAAGAAUACAUGUCCUCAUUUGACCGUUCUAAGCCACCAGAGGAAGCAGUACUUAGAGAAGCACAUGAAGUGGCUGUACAGAAGGCCUUGGGCAUCUUUAAUGCUUGUGCAGUAGGUGCUGGUUCAGUUAGGCAGAAAUAUGAGAAACUACUCCAGGCCUUUUUCAGGAAGGCUUUUGAGGAUUAUAAGAGAAACGCCUUUAUGGAAGCAGAUAUGCAGUGCUCAAAUGCUAUUCAGAACAUGGAAAGGAGAUUGCGAACUGCGUGUCAUUCUGUUGACGCAAAACUGGAGCAAGUACUUAAGAUCCUUGAUGAUCUUUGUUCUGAUUAUGAAAAAUCAACUUAUGGUCCUGGAAAAUGGCAUAAAUUGGCAAAUUUCCUACAGCAAAGUUUGGAAGGUCCAAUUGCUGAUCUUGUCAGAAAGCAAAUAGAUCAAGUGUCGUCUGAGAAGAGUUCUUUAAGUUUAAAGUGUCGCUCCAUGGAAGAUAAGAUGAAUUUGCUCAAUAAACAGUUGGAAGCCAAUGAGAAAUCGAAAGCUGAUUAUUUAAAGCGUUAUGAAGACGUUUUAAAUGAAAAGAAAAAGGUUGCUGAUGAGUAUAUGAGCCAUAUAACCUCUUUGCAGAGCAAAUGUAGUUCCUUGGAGGAAAGAUCUUCUAGCCUUCUGAAAUCUCUGGAGUCCGUGAAGUACGAAUCCUCUGAAUGGAAAAGAAAAUAUGAGCAUGUUUUAUCAAAACAUAAAGAUGAAGAAGAGCAAGCAAGUGCUGAACGAGCUGCUCUUAAGUCCAGAAGUAGUGCUGCAGAAGCGAGACUGGCAGCUGCUCGUGAACAAGUUCAAUCUGCUCAAGAGGAAACUGAGGAGUGGAAACGUAAAUAUGAUAUUGCCGUUCGAGAAGCCAAAGCAGCGCUUGAGAAAGCAGCCGUGGUGCAGGAGCGUGCGGAUAAGACUAGGCAAUCCCGGGAAGAUAGUCUGCGAAAUGAAUUUGCUAGUAGUCUGGCAAAGAAGGAAGAAGAAAUCAAGGAGCAAGCAGCAAAAAUUGAGAAUGCAGAACAGCGAUUGGCAACUUUGAGUUUUGAGUUGAAGGCAGCUGAUUCCAAGAUUAGUAGCUAUGAGUUAAAAAUAUCAGGCUUUAGAAGUGACAUAAAGGCGUUGAAUGAGAAGUUAGAUGCUGCAAAUGCCGCGGCUCAAUCUUAUGAGAGGGAAGCUAAAAUACUCGAACAGCAAAAGAUACAUCUGGAGCAGAAAUAUCGAUCUGAGUUCUUGAGGUUUGAUGAGGUACAAGACAGAUGUAAAGCUGCUGAAAAAGAAUCAAAGAGAGCCACUGAGGUGGCUGAUGGAGCUCGUUUGGAUGCAGCAGCUGCUCAGAAGGAAAAGAGUGAAAUUCAGCGGUUAGCUAUGGAAAGAUUAGCCCAUAUUGAGCGUGCUGAGAGGCAGAUUGACCUCUUGCAGAGAGAGAAAAUUGAUCUGGCCAAUGAAUUAGAAACCCUUCGUGCAUCUGAGUCAGAUGCCAAUGCUAAAGUGAGGCUGCUGGAGGCUCAAGUAGAAGAAAGGCAAAAAGAAAUUGAAUCACUCAUGAAGUCUAACAAUGAGCAGAGAGCUAACACUGUUCAAGUACUUGAGAGUCUCCUUGAAACUGAACGAGCUGCAAGGGGAGAAGCAAAUAGCAGGGCAGAGGCGCUUUCUCAUCAGCUUCAGGCUACCCAAGCAAAACUUGACAUAAUCCAGCAGGAGCUGACAUCUGUACGCUUGAAUGAGUCUGCCCUUGACGCCAAGUUAAAGACUGCCUCGCAUGGAAAACGUACCAGGGUAGAUGAGCGUGAUGCUAUGAACUCUGUCGAAGAUAUGGAUACUGAUAAAGCUAGGGCUAGCAAAAGAAGAAAGAAUACAGUCAGCCCAAUACUGCAAGCAGCCUCAGCAGGUGAUGAUGAUUCGAUUUUCACUGGUGGUGAUGAUGAAAGCAGUCAGCAAGUUGACACAGAUGACUAUAGAAAGUUUACCAUCCAAAGGCUGAAGCAAGAGCUCACGGAACACAAUUUUGGUGAUGAGGUUUUUAAGCUCAGGGCCCCUGCCAAGAAGAAGGAUUUUAUUGCUUUGUAUGAAAAAUGCAUCCUGAACAAGUUCUGAUGAACCGAUUGAUAUGGUCAGUAGCUCUACCUCUGCAGUGGAGAUUCUUGCAGUUUUUGUUUUGCUAGUCAUAAAGGUUAGUAAUUUUCUGACUACGAGGGCUUUGUGUUUUUGUACAUUGCUUCUUCAGGUGAAUAUAUAAGAACUUUGCUUAUCUGCAGUUUCAUUUUGGUCAUGUUUGGCAAGCGACAGGAAGAUGUUUGUUUAUUUAACGAGAAUGGUGAAAUUAACAGUAUUUCGUCUAUAUUCUGUAACUACUGUAGGUCUAACGUUAAGAUAUUGUUGUCCUAGAAACAGUUAGUUGCUCUGGAAUAUUGAGUUCAUUCCUUUUUUAUUUAUUGUAGGUCUAAUAGGUUUGUGGGGAUUUUUUCUCACCUAGUAGAGUUCCAAGUUUGUAUUCCUUGAUGAAUUAUUUUAGUGAAUAUGCUGUAAUUGUGCUGUCUACUUGAUCAACUUUGUUGCAGUGGAGUUUCUUUCUUAUAUUGGGAAGGAAUUAGUGUUAAGCUCGUAGGAGUAAUCGAUAAACAAAUGUUGACUCGUUGAGCUCAAGACCCUUGCCCUUUUGAUUUUCCAACAUUGACAUGAUUCUUAUUAUUAAUGCAAAUUCAGAGGGACAAAUGAUUUGUAAGCUCCAAAGAUUUUUGUAUCUGAGCACAAAGUAGGUGAGUGUCUUUGCAAAGUGUAGGUUUUAUUGGGUCAUUGGGUGUACAUUAAUGGGUUAGCAAUCCUUAUCCUAUACUUGGACCUCUUUGAUAAGUGAAAGUGAUCAAUUUACUAAAUACAUCUCUUUUAUUAUGGAAAUGGAUCGAGCUGUAUACCUAGUUUAUCACAUGCUUUUGAUAUUCUAGUCAGUACUACUGGAUGUAGAUUUAGAGUAAUUGUUCAUUUCUUUAUUAAUUUGGCUACAACUCAUUAGAUAAAACUAGGUAUGAUAUUGCUAAGGG